AUGGUGGUCCUAGUUCGGGAACGGAACCUAACGAAUAUAGACGCGCUGUGCGUGACGCCGCGCAACAUCGAACGGCAGGACUACUUUGGGUCGUUCUUCGAGCUGCUGAAGAAACUGCCCGAGGUAACGGGGAGCCGCGCCGUCGAGGAGGCGCUUGUGCCGGUCGUCAAGAUGAACUUUGACGGCAUCAAGAUUGAUUUGCUGUUUGCGCGGUUGGCGCUGAAGGAGCUUCCGCACAACUUUGACCAGCGCGACGAUAUGCUGCUGAAAAAUCUGGACCCCAAGUUAGUGCGCAGUCUGAACGGGUGCCGCGCCACGGACGAGAUCCUCCGGCUGAUGCCCAACAUUGACAACUUUCGGCUGCAUGGAAUCUACUCCAACUCUUUGGGUUACUUUGGGGGUGUGUCGUGGGCUAUGCUUAUGGCCAGGACGUGUCAGCUCCCGAAUGUCGUCGCGGCCACGCAGGUGCACAAGUUCUUUAUGGUGUUUUCGCGCUGGAAGUGGCCCCAGUCGGUUUUCCUGAAGUGGCCGGACACCGUGAAUCUGGGCUUUCAAGUGUGGGAUCCGCUGGUGAACGUGCAGGACCGGUUCCACCUGAUGUCGAUCAUCACGCCGGCAUAUCCGCAGCAAAACUCGACCUUCCACGUCAACACGAAGUGCUUCGAGCAGCAGGAGCAAAACCAAAAGGACGACGGCGGCGAGGGCGCAGACAACACUCUGGUCACUCUGGUUCCUGUGGCUGUGCACAUCAAGGUCCUCGAGACGACACGCAACGGCAUGAAGAUAGAGGCGCGGCAAUUCCAGCGGAAGCAGCUUAACCAGUACUUCGACCCGAACCUGCUCAAGCGGGAGCGUUUGGACGACUUUGGCAGUAUGAUCAACCGAACAGAAUCGGCAAUCAACUAG